AUGGCGAAGUUUGCAGCUACACAACAGUAUGAAAGCUCAUCAGAAUCUGACGAUGCAAUGGAAAUGGACCAACAAGCCACUCAGGAAAAGGUGACAAUUAAACGGAAAUUUGAUUGGGUGGAAGAAAAAAGUUUUUGUGGUGAUGCGGAAGCGCAAAUGGCAAUUGCACUGGAGGAAAAAUGGAGUCGAUAUUAUACAAACAAAGGUCUAGAUGGAAUUAGAGUUUACUAUCGAUGCAAUCAAGUUAAGUUUCGUGGUAAGCAGUGUAAUGCUGCAAUUUAUCUUUAUUAUCCACACGAGACGGAUACAGUCGUAUUAUAUCGUGCAAAAAGAGAAUUGGAAUCUUGGUGUCAGGAAAAAUCAACUGUACCACAUUCUGAAGUUGAAGCGUUUGUAAUUUCAUUUUACAUUCAUUAUGAAGAUGAUACUGAUAAUGACGAUGAAGAUGUGGCAGAUGAUGGAAAUAAAUUUAGAUUUUUCUUAUCAACAAAAGCACUGCUUAAAAUUGCUUCGAUUUCGAAAAAUUUACAUGCUGAUGCCACCUACAAAUUGAUCUGGCAAGGAUUCCCUGUGUUGGUAAUUGGAACUAGUGAUUAUGAUAGAAAAUUUCAUCCGUUUGGAUUAGCAAUCUGUUAUGAUGAGAAACAAUCAGAUUUUGAAUUUAUUUUUAAAAGUAUGUCUGCUGCAAAGGAUAUACCUAUAGGAGAAAAAAGGAAAAGAGGACGACCUCGAAAAAUAACUAAAGCUCUCAUAAUAGACUAACUUUGCAUUUAUAUUUUCUACUUGGAUAUUUCUCUUUCUUUACUUAGCAAAAUUUGUUUAUUUACUUAUCAGUUAACACUUCCUUUCUUUCCAAAACAUACCUAUUUCAAAUAAAUUAAUGACAUUUCGAUGCUUUUUUUGGCGUGAUUGGAUAGAGCUCAUCGAUUUGCAUCAGAAAAGUACAAUCCCUCGUUUUAAAAACCGUGGAAUUUUCCAAAAUAAGAAAAUUUUUCAUACUUAUUAUUUUUCUAAAAUUGCAAACCUACUUUUUUCUGGUUCUCCAUCGAGAAACGAGUAUAAGACACUGAAUUCCAAAAUUUUAAACCUGAAACUGGCCGCCAAAUUCACGAAACAAGAGCAGAAUCAUAAACCCUAGUGAUUGAUUCUUAGAAAAGAAUCUGGCAGGAAUCUGAUAAGAAAUUUAUAAGAAUCCGCUACGACUCGUGUAAGAAUUUUAUUAGAUUCUUAUUGAAUUGUUACAUAAGAAGUCCGCACGAAAGUAACAAGAAUUUGAUAAAAAGCAGAUAGGAAUCAGUUGUAAAAUGAAAUGAAUGUAAAAUGAAAUUACAAACGCUUCAACUUCAGAAUGUGGUACAGUUGAUUUUUCCUGACA